AUGGCAAGGAUCUCUCUGUUGUUCUCUUUAGCCUUUGCUCUCGCCGUCGGGUCACUGUUCCUUUCGGUUUCCGGCCACGCCGCCCCUUCCGUGCCGCUUAAGAAAACAUUAUGUCCCAAAACCGUAUCCGAACUCCAGACCUUACCCUUCACCGAAAUCACCAAGAUCUUGAAGCAGAAAGAGAAGCUUGCCCCGAAAACCGCCGAGUUCAAGGCAAUGUUCACAAUGUGCAAAGGCUACAUCGCAUACCUCGAGAGCGUCUACAAGUUUGAGAAUCCCAUCGUAGAUGUUUUGGGAAUUGCCAAGACCAAAUACGCCCUAAUGACCAAAGCGAUUCUUGUGGCGCAAGCUAGUGUUAGUGUUAGCGUAAAAGUUGACAAGAAAACUUCCUUGAAGCUAAAGAAAAGCUGUGGUGGUUUGAUAAAAGGGUUUCUUAAGAUUCAAAAGACGAUCGUAAAGAUCUCAGCCAAACAUGAUUUCAAGGCCAAUGCUAAGAUCAGCGUUCACGAAUCCAAAGUCAUCGGUGACGCUGUGUUGGACUUCAAGAGUUCGAUCAGUGCUUUCGUGGAUGUAGUCAUUGAUCUUGAGAAGAAGAAGACGAAGAAAGUUGGUCUUCAUGCAAGAACACUUGAAGAAGAUGAAGAUGAAGAUGCUAAAAAUAGUUUCGAAAGAUUCUUGGAGAAGUUUUCGGACAAGUUCGGUGGUUAUCUCGGAGGUAAAACUCAUGGAAGAGAUCUGACUGAAGCUGAAGUCAAUGCCGAUGCUCAUGUUGGUGCUGAAGCUGAAGUCAAUGAAACCAUUUACGAGAGAUUUUCUAAGUUCUUUGGUGGUUAUCUCGGAGGUGACAGUACUCACGGAAGAGAAUUAACCGAAGCUAAAGUCAUGAGCCACGGCAGAGAAUUAUACGUAGUCGGAGUCAACGCGGAAGCACCAGCCGGAGCCAACGCCGGAGCUCAGGCCGACGUAGAAGUCAAGAGCCCUUUGGAUAAGUUUACUCAGUUUUUCGGUUCUUUUCUUGGCAGUAGUCACGGCAGAGAAUUAUACGUAGUCGGAGUCAACGCGGAAGCACCGGCCGGAGCCAACGCCGGAGCUCAAGCCGACGUAGAAGUCAACAACAGGUUGGACAAGUUCACUCAGUUUUUCGGUUCUUUUCUUGGAAGUAAUCACGGCAGAGAAUUAUACGUAGUCGGAGUCAACUCCCAAGCACCGGCCGGAGCCAACACCGGAGCUCAGGCCGACGUAGAAGUCAAGACCACUUUGGAUAAGUUUACUCAGUUUUUCGGUUCUUUUCUUGGAAGUAACCACGGCAGAGAAUUAACCGAAGCCGGGAAGACGAGAGUCGCCGGAAAAGAUGGAUUCAGGUCAAGGAACAGGGCACAUUACAAACAUUUUGUUUCGAUGAGGGGAUAA